AUGUCGCUGUUUCUUGGUUUCGAUUUGUCAACUCAACAGUUGAAAGUGAUUUCAAUCUACUCGGACUUAAAACAUCACCAAACAUACAGGGUGGACUUUGACGAGGAGCUCCCAAAGUACGGCAUCCGGAAAGGUGUUCUCACGAAUGAGAGCGCGGGUGAGAUAUAUGCCCCAGUUGAGAUGUGGGUCGAGGCUUUGGAGCUGUGCUUCGACAAGAUGAAAAAAGACAACUUCCCGUUCGAGGAUGUGCGAGCUAUGAGCGGCUCGUGUCAGCAGCACGGUUCUGUUUACUGGUCGAAACGUGCACCAGAACUGCUUGAAUCUUUGUCGGCUGAAAAAACACUGAAAGACCAGCUCUGUCCUGAAGCGUUCACUUUUCAGACGUCUCCAAAUUGGCAGGAUCAUUCUACCGGUCCGGAACUCAAAAUUUUCGAAGAUGCAGCUGGAGGGUGUCACCAGCUGGCACAGAUCACAGGUUCCAGGGCUCACUACCGAUUCACGGGAACCCAAAUCAGAAAACUUGCAACAAGAGUCGACCCGCAAACCUACCAUGAGACGUACCGGAUUUCGCUCAUUUCAAGUUUCUUAAGUUCCUUGCUUUGCGGCAAACUGACCAACAUUGAAGAAAGCGAUGGAUGCGGCAUGAAUUUGUACGAUAUCGCAAAAGGAGAGUACGACGAAGGAUUGCUGGCUGUCGCGGCCGGAGUUCAUCCAAAGAUAGACAAAUGCUCUGAGUCGGAAACGAAGAAAGGCGUUGAGGAGCUGAGGCAGAAGCUAGGUCCUCUGGAACCUAUUGGCUACAAAAGCAUCGGCAGCAUUGGUUCCUACUUCGUAGACAAGUACGGCUUUUCAAGCUCUUGCAAAGUUUACUCCUUCACCGGAGAUAACCUAGCAACCAUCCUUGCUUUGCCUCUCGGACCAAACGACACUCUGAUCUCCAUGGGAACCUCCACCACAGCUCUUCUUGUCACCAAUGCUUACAAACCUUCUGAGAAUUACCACAUGUUCAAGCAUCCUACUCUUAAAGGCCACUACAUGGGUAUGCUUUGCUACUGUAACGGUGCGUUAGCCAGAGAGAACGUGAGAGACAAAAUUAACGAAAAAUAUCACCAGCCCGAAAACUCUUGGGACAAGUUCAACUCUCUCCUAGACAGAUCUGUUCCGUUGAACGGAAAGUAUGAGCUAGGAAUCUACUUUCCCUUAGGAGAGAUCAUUCCCAACGCCAAGCCGUGUGAACGCCGGUUCAGAUUUGAUCCAGCAAAGAAGGAGUUAUUGGAAGUGGAGUCCUGGUCUUUGGAAGAGGACGUGAACAGCAUCAUCGAGUCCCAGGCUUUGUCAUGCAGACUCAGAAUGGGACCGCUGCUUGCUUCAACGUCAUCUCACAAGUUAGAGGACAAACAUGGCGUUUUGCCAAAGCUAGAAAAGUACGGCCAGAUUCAGUCUGGUGGUACCAUACACUCGACCAACGCUCUGCUUUGUCGCCCUAGCAAGGUCUUUUAUGUUGGCGGUUCCUCAAAAAAUAGAUCAAUUGUUUCCAAGUAUUGCGACAUUCUAGGACCCGAAGAUGGAAACUAUAAGAUCGACCUGAGUGACGCAUGCGCUUUGGGCGGCUGUUUCAAAUCGCUUUGGUCGUUUGCCACAGAGUCCGGCUCCGUUAGGGAAGACUACAGUAAGUGGCUCUCCGAUAACUUCCACUGGGAUGAUGUUGAAAGGCUUGGAAACGCCACUCACUGGGACGACUACGUUGACGGGAUUGGUAUUUUGAGUUUGGCGGAGCAAAAAUUAGAAUCUUGA